AUGGUCUUUCUUGCAUCCGGGCCCGUCCCCAAAAUCACAAACAAAGACAUCUGCUCGUGGAUCUUCGAUGAGCCCACAUACGAUGUCAACAAACCAAUCUUCAUUGAUGCAAACAACACAAGUCGCUCCAUCUCCAACCUGCAAGCACGCAAGAUCAUUCGUCAGUUGAUUUGCGGUCUGCACAAGGCUGGUGUGAAAAGGGGCGACUGUGUCCUCGUCCACUCGUUCAAUGACAUUUACUAUCCGAUACUCUUUCUCGCCAUCGUCGGCGCGGGUGCCGUGUUUGCUGGCUCGAAUCCCGGUUACACACCUCUCGAGUUGCGGCAUCAUGUCAACAUCACCCAGGCAACUUUCCUCAUUAGUGAACCGGAACUGCUUGAACCUCUGAUGCGAGCAGCCAAGGAUACAGGGAUCUCCCAGUCGCAGGUCCGCAUUUUCAACACACAGUCCAACCAGACUGUUCCGCAAGGGUUUACGAGCUGGACGGACUUGAUGCAGCACGGUGAAGAGGACUGGGUGCGCUUCGACGACUUUGACACGUGUGCAAACACGACGGCGGCUCGACUGACCAGCUCUGGGACAACGGGAUUGCCCAAAGCCACCAUAACCACGCACCGGAACUUGAUCGCUCAACAUGAGUUCUGCUACGGCCCGACGAUGUACAACAAGCCAUAUGAGCCCGUCAACUUGUAUCCGACCCCCAUGUUCCACGCCGCCAUCGCGCCCCGAUGUCACACCACGACAUUGAAGCUCGGAGAGCGGGCGUACGUCAUGCGGCGGUUCGAGUUGGAGUCAUACCUUGCCAACAUCGACAAGUUCAAGGUCACAGAAUUCUACAUAGUGUCGGCCAUGGCGGUCGCCAUUGCCAUGUCCCCGCUCAUCAAGAAGUACUCGAUAAAGUCGAUCCGCCACGGCCUGGCCGGCGCGGCGCCCCUGAGCAAGGAGACCCAGGCAGCGAUCAAGCCGUACUUGGGUGAAGGUGCUCCGUUCGCGCAGGUCUGGGGCAUGACAGAGACGACGUGCAUCCUCACACAGUUCCCGUGGCCCGAGGACGACGACACGGGGUCGGUUGGCCGGGUUAUCCCAGGCAUGGACCUGAAGUUGAUCGACGACGAGGGGAAGGACAUCACGGGCUACGAUGUCGUCGGAGAGAUGUGCGCGCGCGGCCCCACCGUGAUCAAGGGCUACUUCAACAACCCGCAGGCCAACAAGGAGUCGUUUGACGCCGACGGGUUCUACCACACAGGCGACAUGAUGUACUGCGACAGCAAGACCAAGCUGUGGUAUAUUGUGGACCGGAAGAAGGAGCUGAUCAAGGUGCGCGGCUUCCAGGUGGCGCCACCCGAAAUCGAGGGUGUCCUACUCACCCACCCGGACAUUGUCGACGCCGCCGUCAUCGGCAUCCCCGCGGCCUCGGAACUCGACGGCGAAGCUCCUCGCGCCUAUAUCGUGCGCAGACCCGGCGUCACCCCCGCCAACCUGACCGAGCAGCACGUCUACGACUGGGUCGCCGAGCGCCUGGCCAAGUACAAGCGGCUGGACGGCGGGGUGCGGUUCGUGGACGUGAUCCCCAAGAACGCGAGCGGCAAGAUCCUGAAGCGCAUCCUGAGGGAGGAGGCCAAGAAGGAGAAGGCCACGCCGAGACUGUAG